GUUUGUGUCGUAGUAGCAGAAGAAGAAGCGGCAGUACGAUACAACCAGGGUGUGUUAGUUUGAUUAAAGUAUCGGGAACAGAAACCCGUGGAUUAAACUGAUCUGAGAUGUAUUACUACCGGUAUGAGAACACUGAGGUCAGCUGCUGCUACAAGUAUCUCAUGUUCAGUUACAACAUCAUCUUCUGGCUGGCUGGAGUUGCCUUCAUUGCGGCUGGUUUCUGGGCCUGGAGUGAAAAGGGAGUCCUGUUGGACCUGACCCAGGUGACCCAGCUGCAUGGUUUCGACCCGGUCUGGUUGGUCCUGGUGGUCGGUGGAGUCACCUUCAUCCUGGGCUUUGCCGGCUGCGUGGGAGCUCUGAGAGAAAACAUCUGUCUACUGAAGUUUUUUUCGGGCAUGAUCGGCUUCAUCUUCUUCCUGGAGCUGCUGGCGGCGGUGCUGGCUGUGGUUUUUCAGAGUCAGGUUAGAGCGUGGCUCAACGACUUCUUCCUGGCGAACAUCAAAGCGUACAGAGAUGACAUCGAUCUGCAGAAUCUCAUCGACUCUCUGCAGAGGAUGAACAACUGCUGUGGAGCUGAGGAACCGAACGACUGGGACCUGAACGCUUACUUCAGCUGUAACGACACGAAUCGCAGCAGAGAGAAGUGUGGAGUUCCCUUCUCCUGCUGCUUGUCUGAUCCUGCUGACUCGGUGGUGAACACUCAGUGCGGCUACGACGUGAGAAACAAACCAAAGAAGGAGUGGAGUAAUGACAUCUACACUAAAGGGUGUAUCGCAGCGUUGGAGGACUGGUUACCUGGAAAUCUCUACACUGUGGCCAUUGUCUUCAUCGUCAUCUCUCUGCUGCAGAUGGUGGGGAUCUACCUGGCCAAGACUCUGGUCACCGACAUCGAAAAAGCCAAAUUCAGCUACUGAAGUCUACAUCUUAAGGGGCGGGGCUUUACACCAGGUGUUACUGGACCAAGUUUCUUCAUUCAGACACGUGCCUUCUUUUUCUACUUCUUCUUCUUCUACUUCUUCUUCACAUCAUCAGGUCAGCCUUCUGAUGAUGAUGUUGCUAUGAUGACUGAAAACAUGGCUUGCUUUGUCUGUUUACAUUGACUGUUCAGAGACCCUGAAGUCCUGAGAGAUAUAUUUUUUCAGUGUGAAAGAUCCAUCUGAAAUCUUUGAGAACCUCUGAAGUUCUGCUGAUGUUUUUAUUUUUAUAUUUAGAUUUUCGUCAAUGACUGAUCUGUAGCUGCUCAGCGCCACACUGCCUUCGCUUUUCCUAUUUCCAAUUUCUCGCUGCUACUCUUCAGACUGCAGCUUCAGUCUUUUUCUACUGUUUGAAUGUUUGUUGAACCAAUGUGCCCUUUGACCUGAUUGGCUGUUUACCCUUCAGUGCCUCCUUAAUCAUCAUCAUCAUCAUCAUCAUCAUCAUCAUCAUCAUCAUCAUCAUCAUCAUCAUCAUCAUCAUCAGUUUCAGUGAUUUAAAACCUGUCUGAGGUGUCUGAUCUCAGUUCAGGUGUAAAUUCGACACAGAGAGGGAGGAGUCAGUGAUGUCAUCCAGGUGUGACAGCAGGUGAAGUUCCCUCCUUACUCUGUGAUCACAGCUUCAUGUCAUUUAGAAAUGAUGCCACAUCAGAGUGUAAAAACAGAGGUUGAACUUUAUCCAAUUAGAGCUCAACAUAUAAAGAUGGCCCAGCCUCCAACACUGAAACUUCAAAAUAAAAGCACAAACUGAAUGAUUAUUUUCAUUAUCGAUCAAUCAGCUGACAGUUUUCACAGUGAAAGUGAAACAGUGAAAACUGUUGUCUGGAAAAAUAUUCACUUUUCCAUAAUCAGCAACAAAUACAACAAAGAGCAGAAGCGAAUCCUCGUGUGAAUAUGGACACAUGAGAUUCGGUUUCUGAUUCAUUUUUCUGUUGAUUGAUUAAUUGAUUAAUUGGCUGAUUGUUGCAUUAAAAUGAAACUAAUUGUAAACUGUGAAAGUGUCAAACUGAUAAAGGUUCAUUCAGGCUGCCUUUGAAUCCUCAAUCCAGACUACAGACUCUCACUGUACAUAUGUAGUACAUACUGUUCCAGUACUGCAUAUAGUAGUAAUAUAUCAGUAUGUGGUACACAGAAGUACUGAACACUGGGAGUAUCAGACUUUAAACAGUCUCAAGAUGAAAUCAGUUUAAAACAGAAAUCUUUAAAAUCGUGGACUGUUCCUUUAAAAGGCUUCAGGUCAUGUGAUCACAUGUUUGAUUAAUAUGAAGGUUUUGAACUUUAUUGACACUGGAUUCAUGUUAACAAGCUUUGAAUAAAUAAGGUGUUUUUGUUGAGUUACUUUGUAUGAAUAAAGGUUUCAGGAUGUUUGAGCCUUUCCAGAGAGAAUAUUCAGAAUUAACGUUAAACUUCUGCUUUAAUUUUUCUAUUGUUUUUCUCUUUCUGUUGAUGAAUUCAUGGAUGGAUGAUUUAAUUUCUUUGGUUUGUGUUUAAAAACCAGACAGCUUUUAUUCUGAAGGAAUUGUGUGUUUUUUUUUUUUUAU